AUGCUGUUCCUCUGCCUUUCUGUUCUCUGCCUCAUUGCCAGCUCUCCCUGCACUGCUGCCCCACUGCAGAAUUCCAUUGUUGAGCAGUCACUUUUCAGCAGGUCUACCAGGAACAAGCUGCUGCUCAUCUCCUUUGAUGGCUUCCGCUGGGACUACGACCGAGAUGUUGAAACGCCUAACCUGGAUAAAAUGGCCCUGGAUGGGAUCAAGGCACUCUAUGCUACUCCAUCCUUCAUCACCAUUACCAGUCCCUCUCAUUUCACAAUGUUAACAGGACGCCACAUUGAGAAUCACGGAGUAAUCCAUAACAUGUGGUUCAACACUACAACUCAGGAGAAGAAGCAGUACUAUAUGACUCAGUUUGUUGAUUCAUACUGGGACAACGGCAGCUUACCCAUCUGGAUAACGGCACAGAGACAGGGUCUCAAAGCAGGAUCUCUGCAUUUCCCUGGUACAGCAGCCACCUACAAAGGGGAGACUGUUAGCAUGAGGCAAGUGGAACCAAAUUUCUAUGAUUAUUCUAAUGAAACAGACUGGAGGCUGAACAUCGACAAAGUGAUUGGAGAGUGGUUCCACCAACAAGACCUGGACUUUGUCUCUAUGUAUUUUGGAGAACCCGAUGGAGCUGGUCACAAAUAUGGACCAGAUUCCCCAGAAUGCCAGGAGAUGGUUCAGCAAGUGGAUCGAACUGUGGGCUACAUCAGGGACAAAAUCCAAGACCAUGGCCUUACUGACCGCAUCAACAUUAUUAUCACUGCUGACCAUGGGAUGACUUCUGUUCUACGGGGUGCACAAGCUGAAAAGAUCAUCCUCGCUAAAAUCCCAGGUUUCAGCUUCAGGGAUAUCCAGUUCCAGUUGUUGGACUAUGGACCUGUUGGGAUGCUGCUUCCUAAGGAGGGUAUGGUUGAGAAGGUGUACAAGGCCCUGAAAGGAGGUCACCCUCAUCUUCAUGUGUAUAAAAAGGAAGAGAUGCCAGUCCGGCUGCACUAUGGUAACCACCCUCGACUCCUCCCUAUCAUCCUCAUUGCUGAUCCUGGAUACAUUGUUAAUGGGUUGCUACCUGUGAACGGCAACAAAGGAGAGCAUGGCUUCGAUAAUCAAGUGAUGGAUAUGAAAGCCUUUUUCAGAGCAGUGGGGCCUGACUUCCAGAAAAACCUGAGGGUAGAUCCUUUUGAUCUUGUUGACCUGUAUCCACUGAUGUGCCAUUUACUAGGAAUAAACCCAGAGUUACAUGACGGACACUUGGACAAUUCCAAACACAUGUUGCUCUCUGGAGGUACUGAAGCUCCUGUGAUGGAUACACAUUCGAAGGUGAUGAUUGGCCUUUCAGCAGUAAUUGGAUUUCUUGCGUUACUGUUCAUCAUCACCACUUCUUACACCAUGUGCAAAAGGAACAAAACAUUUUGA